GAUAAAUUAGUUACGAAAAGGAUCACAGAGUGGAUUAACAGCACCAAGCCACUAGACAGCACUCAAUACGGAUUCAGAGAAGGCUGUAGUGCUGAAGAUGCGAUCCAUAGGGUCGUGAGUGAGCUAACAGCAGACCGACGAAACAACGCCUAGACAAUAGCUAUUAGUCUGGACAUUCAAGGGGCAUUUGACAAUGCCUAGUGGCCCCUUUUACUGUCCAACCUCGAGAGGCGGCAUUGCCCGAAGAACUUAUAUCAUCUCAUUCUAGAUUACUUCACUAACAGGAAGGCUACCCUAUCCUACGGGGACCUUUCUGUCAAUAAGACUGUUACCAUGGGGUGCCCACAGGGUUCCUGCUCCGGGCCACUUUUCUGGAGCCUGAUUCCUGAUGACUUACUUACCCAAGACUUUAUGAAAGCGGCUCAUACGACUGCAUAUGCAGACGACAUUAUUAUAAUUUUAACUGCCAAGAACAGGAAGCAACUCGAAUCCAAUGCGAAUAAAAUUCUUAAAAAGAUACAAUAUUGGGGAGCUGAUAACAAAUUAAAAUUUAACCCAAGCAAGACCAAUGGUAUUGUCCUCACGGGGUAUAGUGUGGAGAAGAGAGCCCCCACUAUCCAUAUUGAUGGCACCCCAAUAAAAAUCAAUAACACCAUGAAGUAUCUGGGGAUUGUUAUAGACGAUAAAUUAAGCUGGACCCCUCAGGCGGAGUACCUAAGGGACAAGGUUAACACCCUCUUUGCGUGGUGUGCAAAGGUGGCUAAGAGGGACUGGGGCCUCUCGGGCGAGUCCCUUAAGCUUGUGUACACGGGAGCCGUCCUCCCCAUGGUUACUUAUGGGGCGGCCGCCUGGGGACACACAGUCCAGCAUGUUCAUAUCCAGCGAAAGCUGCUAUCUAUACAGAGGAAGGUCCUGCUCCGGAUCACGCGAGCUUAUAGGACCACCUCAAACGAUGCCCUGCAUGUCCUGGCAGGUGUCCUCCCGCUCGACCUAGCUGUCCAGCAAAGGAAGGACUUUUACUUUCUGAAGGUGCACCACCGUACGCCGGAGUAUCUCCCUGAUAUUCCACUGGUGGAGAGCCCGGUUCAUGUCAAUAACAGGCUAUGUAUCAGGGAAAUCCCCAUUAUUAGGGUUACCAAGUAUAAUGCCAAGUAUAAGAAGAAUAUCUAUACUGACGGCUCCAAGAGUUCUAACGGUGUUGGCGCUGCCUUCACCUAUUUCUACAACGGCAAAGAGACCUAUCAUCAGAAGUGGAGGCUGGGGGACAGUUGUUCAAAUUACCAGGCGGAGCUCCUAGCCAUCCACAAAGCCGUCCAUUGGUGCCACAAGGUGCAUCACAAGAGCACUCUCAACAUCAACACUGAUAGCCAAUCGGCACUCUCAGCAAUACAGGACAAAAACAAUACUGACUCUCUAGUCCAAAAUAUCUGGAAGGAGCUAAACCUCGGAAGGAAUAAUAAUGUGAUCAAUUUCAGCUGGGUUAGAGCACACUGCGGGACCACAGGUAACGAACGUGCGGAUAAUCUAGCCAAAGAAGCAAGUGCCCAGUGCACGACCGUCGCAUACAAGAAAACGCCGAGGAAUAAUGUUAAACACAGAAUCAAGGUGCAUUAUAUCACUCAAUGGCAAGAGCGCUGGCGCCACUCUACCCGGGGGCGCGGCCUCUACUCCUUUAUCCCGGACAUACAUCAGAGAAUGAAGAAUAAACACUUAGUGAUUAACCACCACACCACUACUUUCUUCAGUUACCACGAUGACUUUAAUGCCUACCUCUUUAAGUAUGGCCACUCAUGGUCCAACCUCUGCGCUGUGUGCGGCAAAGUCGAGGACCCGGACCACGCUAUAUACGACUGUAUCCUGUUCGAAAGAGAGAGAUUGGAACUUAGAACUAUCACUGAAGAGGAAGGCUUACAAUGGCCAACGACGAAACCUUCUAUGAUGUGUAACAAGAACCUCUACAGGACUUUAUAUGAACUGAUUAAGAACUACAGCAAGUACAAAACGAACUAUAGCAACCUUACAACUGUGUAAAGCGUCAGACACGACCAUCAACAAGCAGCAAAGUACUCCGGAAAUGCGGAGAUUGUAGUAUAUGUCGCGAUUUAUUAUAUAUGUGUAUUUUCUAGUUUACUAUUUUGUUUAUUAUUGUUUUAUGUAACCAUCCCUAUGAAGCCGAUG